AUGCCACCCUUAAAUAUGACCCUUAUCGACUCAAUAUUACAAACGUAUCUCUUCAUCACCGUUUCCAAAUCAAAGAAUCAGCAGCUCCGAGUUAUCCAAAUCGAAAUGGAAAGCACUACCCAGAAACCCGAGCCCGAGAUGAGUGAAGCCCAGCAUGGGCUACCACAUGCACCACCAGACAAUGAUGACCUUUUUUCGCUUCAUUCGGACAAAAGCGCCGAUCAGUGGAUGGCACCUGAUUUGUCACAAUUGCACGAUCACACGCAAGCCCUACACGAGCCAUUGCAACCCCUCGUUGAGGAGUUUGAGGGAUCGGACCAAGGUUACUCUCAGCAGUCACAACAGGUCACUGAUAUCUCGCGGCCCUAUUCAACCUUCUGUGAGAGUUACGCUGCAAAAGUUGUCCACAUUCAACACCUUGAGAAGGAAAAUGAGAUUAUUCGGACAUCCAACACUCAGUUGUGUCAACAAUUACAUAUUAUGGAACGCCGGCAAGCAAAUCAGGAAGCAUUGCUGGUCUGCUAUGCAAAGAUCUUUCAUAGAGUGCGCGAGGAAAUUUUGCGCGUUCUCAAUGAAGGGGAGAGCAUUUCCCUUGAUCCAACUUUGGCGACGAUUGAGAACCCUACAAACGAAAGACGCUGA